AUAUGUGUGAAAGCAUGAAAGCAGUGAUUAAAAGUAUAUACACCCUUUGCCCGCGUAACGGUGCCGUCUAACCGGCGACCGUGUAUACGUGUGAAGCCGCCCUUAUUGUUCAGGCACCUUCAGGUGUACAAAUGUAGUAACUUUUAUGUUAACCUGACAACACGCUAUCUGUCAUGUCAUGCCAAAAUUGGUUGUUUCAACUUUGAAGGGGUCAAUUGUAAUAUUGUAAAUCGUAAUAAGAAUAAUUACACCAUGUCUCAAAUAAGAAAUCGGAAACUGAUUCAAGAAAAACAGCACUCAACAGAAGAUGAAUUCGAAUAUGAGGAUACCAUGUCCAGACCACAUGCAGUUCCUAUUGUAGUUGCAGAUGAAGAUCAUUCAUUCAAAUUAGAUGAAGAGGCUCUCAAGAAAGUUUUAAUGAAAGAAGAGCUGAAAGAUCGAUUUGUUGUUGUGGUAUCUGUUGCUGGAGCUUUCCGUCAUGGCAAAUCGUUUUUAUUGGACUUUUUCCUUAGAUAUAUGAAUGCUAAGUACGUCUUGAAACAAAAUACGUCAGAAUGGGUAGGCGCAGAAGAGGCUCCUUUAGAAGGAUUUUCGUGGAAAGGUGGAUCAGAGAGGGAUACUACAGGGAUCCUUAUGUGGUCAGAAGUUUAUACCACAGAACUUAGUACAGGUGAAAAGAUAGCAGUAAUAUUGCUGGAUACACAAGGAACAUGGGAUAGUAAAAGCACAGUAAAAGAAUGUGCGACCAUUUUCGCUCUAAGUACUAUGUUAAGUUCGGUACAAAUUUACAAUUUAUCAAGCAAUAUACAAGAAGAUGAUUUACAGCAUCUACAGCUUUUUACUGAAUAUGGAAGACUCGCAUUAGCAGACUCGGGCACAACUCCCUUCCAACGACUUCAGUUUUUAGUCAGAGAUUGGCGUUUCCCUUACGAAGCUCCAUAUGGUGCUGUCGGCGGCCAGCAAAUAUUACAGAAACGAUUAGAAGUUAACGAACAUCAACACAGCGAGUUACAAUCCCUAAGAAGACACAUCAGUUCUUGCUUUACUGAGAUAGCUUGCUUCUUAAUGCCUCAUCCAGGAAUAAAAGUUGCAACAAGCCCAACUUUUGAUGGUCGGCUUGCAGAAAUCGACGGAGAAUUUAAAGAUAAUCUCAAAAUCUUAGUCCCUAUGUUACUAGCACCAGAAAAUUUAGUACUUAAAAAAAUUAAUGGCGACAAAGUUAAAGUUAGAGAUUUUGUUCAGUAUUGUAAAUCGUAUAUGCAAAUCUAUGAAGGCAACGAAUUGCCUGAACCCAAAUCUAUGCUUGUGGCUACUGCCGAAGCAAACAAUCUGGCAGCUGUCGCCGACGCAAAAGACGCUUACGUCAAUAUGAUGGAAGAAGUUUGCGGAGGCACCAAACCCUACCUCAAUACCGAAUUAAUCGAAAGUGAACAUCGUAGAGUGAAAGAAAAAGCAAUACACCAGUUCAAUAGUAAAAAGAAAAUGGGAGGUGACGAAUUCAGUGCUGUGUAUAAGACACAAUUGGAUAAGGAUAUAGAAGACACAUUUGUCCAAUUCAAAGCUCACAAUGAAAGCAAGAAUAUUUUUAAGUCUGCAAGAACUCCUGCCGUAUUUUUUGCGCUGGCUGUGAUGUUCUACAUUGCGUCCGGAAUAUUUGGCUUUAUUGGUAUUUAUUCACUAGCGAAUCUUUGUAAUAUGAUGAUGGCAGUGGCUUUCUUAACAUUAGGAACUUGGGCAUAUGUAAGGUAUAGUGGUGAAAUGCGAGAAAUUGGUUCGUACAUAGAUGAAACGGCCAACUUCAUUUGGGAAAAUUUCAUGAAGACACUAAUUCAAGGCUACGUCGAAAACGGUAUGCAGCAGGUGGCUGCAGAAGUAGCUGAGAGAACCCUCAGGAAUGCCACGCAAACAACAGUAAAUGGUGGUAGAAAAGAUGCAUGAUUAGUACCUUUUAAGAAAACGCGUAAAUUAUUGAAAAUUCCCAAUGCUACCGCUACGUUACAUAUAUCCUCGAAAUUAAGGAAAAAUACCGUACCUAAGUACUAUCUGUAAUGUAUUGUAUAGAAUGGAUUGUUAAAUCUUGCCAUCUUCCUUUCACUUCUAUGUACAGAUUUGUAGCCUUGCGUGUAUGUAUAUAUGUAACAUUAUUUUAUUAUUAUAUUGUGAUAUCUUGGCAAUGUUGGUAUUAGAGUAAAUCUUUUUAUUAUUUAUUAUUUUAUAUCGUAUACGUUUUUUUAUUUUAAUAGAAAUUUCUUUACAUCUGACAAAAAGACAACAAGUAUGCAUUUAUCUAAAAAUAUAAUGCUAGUUUUCUUUCAGUUUUGUUAAUAUCAUUAUCUUUACGUAAAAUACUAACAUUUAAGUCAUGGUUAACCUUCUUUUUGGACAAAGUAUUUGGUGGUUUCUUAGUCCUCGAAAUCUCUAGAUUUGGAUUGAUUUAAUUUACAUUAUUGUCAUUGUCAAAAAGUACAUAGGGCAUUGCAACAUGCUGUCAAAUCUAAAUCAAUAUGGGGGCUGGUAGGCAAACCUAAAUGUCAUUCUAUCAGUUUUCAAUGUGUUUUAGAUCAUUUUAGUUGCGUUUCUUUGUAAUUUUGUUUUGUACAAUGAUUAAUUAACAUUUUCACUGGAAGAAAUAAUGUAAAAAGAUAAUAUGCCUGAUUUAUGUUGUGUUUUGAAGUGUAUAAUGCGAAGUCAUCAUGAUAAAAAGUUCAGUUUUAUUGGUUGCCAUCAGUGCUACAUUUUAAGCAUAAACAACUAAAUAAGGUUAUCAUCUUAGGGACAAAAACAAUGGUUAAAUGCUAUAAAACGUCCUAUAAAAAUGCUAAAUAACUAUAUCCGUGUUACUUAAGCUUGGAAAACUGUCUCCACCGUAGGCUAACACCGACCACUGGAGGAAAAUGGACCUAUAUUGUACAAAGACUGUGCCAAUUACAGAGAUCCUUCAUUAUGGAUUUCUUCAAGAUUUGUAAAUGUCCUCUGUAAUAACUAUUAUUCACCAUAGGUCAGUAAUUAUUGAUUUCUAACCUUCAAAAUAGUCGAGAAGUGACCUAUUAUUUACUUUACUAUCUCCACUGUCUAGGAAAGUACUUAUCGGCUAUCAUAUGUCACUUUCCUUGCCGUCAAAUGUCACUUGUCAUAAAUGUCAAAAUAAUUUAUCAAAUUAUAAUAAAAGUUAAUGUAGAUAUUAUUAUUUGAAACUUAAUUAUUAAUGAUAUAUUAUGACUAAAAUAGUAUACAUAUGUAUACUCGGGAGAAUGUAUUUCAGCCUCGCGUCUGUAGCUUACUUUGGUAAUUCCUGAACAAGCUAAUUUGACAAUCAAUUCUCCUGGGCAAUAUGUAAUAUACUAUGACUCUUAGUGAUAUCGACUUAGUCGUAAACCACUGGUUCUUAAUAAUAAUACAGGGAUAUUCGUAAAAAAAGGUUCUGCGAAAGAGUACCAUGUGCUGGGAGAAAUCAACAAGCAGCACUGUUUUAGACAUCAACUCUCCCUCUCUCUUACCCCACUACUUUCACCUCGAUUCAUUACUCGGUGUCGACCUAGCAGCCUUCGAAGAUUGGGGUCACUGUCGCUCUUACAGCCAAUGUAAAAUGUAUGCUUCGAUACGUUAAUUAAUCGAAGUUUAUGGGUAAAAGUGUAUAUCUCUUCAACAUAUUCUCAAAUUGUGUAGAGUAGAGAAUUCAGUGAAGGCCGAACGAAAAUUCACGAUGAAUAUGAAGGCCUUCUGCUCUGAUCUUUUUCGACCAUUUGCGAACAUGUUGAAAAUUAUGCACUUUUACCCAAAAACUUCAAUUAACUGACGAUGAAUGUCAAUAGGUGAAAUCAAUUUUACAUUUAAAAAACGUAUCACAGUAUGAAUUUUGCAUUAGCGGCAACAGCGGCCGGAACUUUAAUCUUCGAAGGCUUCUAGGUUGACACUGAGCAAUGCAGCGUGGCGAAAGUGGUUGGGAGAGUUGAUGUGUACGGCAGUGUUGCCAGAUUUCUUCCAGCCGUCGGACUCUUUCUCGGCGACAUACUUGUACAUCUACUUUAUCCAAAUGAAAGGUUUUAUUAUGGCUGCAUAAAAUUGUUGACAUUUAAAUUCAAUUAGAUUAGUAUUCGUGGUUGUUGAAUAAUAAAAGUUUAUUGUUUUUCUCUAUAUUAGGCGUUAUGUUAAGUUAAUGUUAAAUAAUGGGUUAAGGAUUUAAUAAUCAACUGCCACUAAGACAUUGAUCAAAUUGUAUAUACACUUACCUAAAGAUUGUGACAUUUUAAAGUUUAAUUUUUUAAUAAAGUGUAGUACUCAACUA